AUGUGUUCGAUAAUAAUAGUGAACAGCUUAAUAAUCACGAACAAAUUAAUGAAUGAUAUUAAACAACAUGAAUACGAUGAUAAGAGUGACAUUCAGGCAGCUAAUAACCAAGGGUUUUAUAAAAGUCAGGACCUAUAUGCCAGCGAAAGUUGUGACAAUGGUGAUGUUAUCAGUGAACUUGGUAGUAAUGAUUUGAUCAAUAAUGAUGAGGGUGUAACUCAACUUGAAAAUGCGCUUGAAAAAAGAGCUAGGUCUUGGAAAACUAGUUUUGUCGAUGGUACGGUAUCGAUGUUUUCGUUUAUUGUUAGUUCAGCCGAUGCCUUUUACGCUACAGCCUGUACACCAACAUUCUUAGGAGCAUUAGGAGUAGCAAACCCUGCUGGAGCUGGUGCAACACUAGCUGCUUGCGGUUGGUCUGGCGCAGUACUUGCCGUCAUGAACUGGACAUCUUACGUAGUAAGUAGCCACAAUGACAACGGUGGAUGGAACUGGGAUUCUGAUAGUGCAAGAGAUAAGAGAUCUUUUGACAUAUUAAGUGAAACUUUUGGCUAUUUGCCGGACAGUGCUGUUCGCCCACUAGUUAAUAACUUAUACUCUAUAAGGGACGAUAAACAUGAGUAUUUUCAGCUUUUGACUAAAAGAGAUAGUAUCGCUAGUCAGAUAUUAGAUCAUGGACUGUUGUAUGAUACCUCACUGGGUAAGGCAGAAUAUAUAGGGUAUCAAUUUAUUGCAGAUCAUGGCAAUCACAACAAAUCUGUGGUAAUACAAUCAGGGUCUGAAAAUGAUGCGAUUGAAACUUGGCACCGUUGCGGUGAUGAAAAUGAAUGUUUUAGUGAUAAUAUUGAGUGGGUCGAUCAGAAUGAAAAAGGUAGUGGCAAAAACAGGCUGAUGUCCAUGACAAAACGUACAGGAAAUCUGUAUUGGCAAUCAUACAAUGAUUGGGGUGAAAAUGGAGGUUACGUACAUGAUUGGUGGUAUUGGGACGAAUUCUCAAAAGCAGCGCAAGAAAAGCUGGGUGAUCAGUCAAUUUUACAGAAAGUUCAACCCUGUACUAAUGACUUUCGGUGUUACGGCGUACACAGCAAAAUAUGUUUAGCAGGUGGUAUGAGUAAUACCAGAACCAAGGAUUCAGCAUGGGUUGGAGAAGUGUAUGCUAAUGGUUAUGGUGGCAUUGAUGGUGAAUGCCAGAAUGGCUAG